AUGGAAAAAGACGAUGUAAUAGAGCGCGUAAAAGAGCCGACAAAGUGGUGUAGCCCUAUAGUUUGCAUUCCGAAAGGCGAAAUGGUUCGAGUUUGCGGAGAUUACACUCAGGUCAAUAAGAACAUACUAAGGCCUGUCUUCCCAAUUUUAAAUGUCGAUAUUUCUCUGGCACGUAUGAGACGGGCUAAAUUCUUCAGCAAACUAGACGCUAAAUCGGGAUUUUACCAGAUAAAGUUGGAUCGCGAGAGCCAAGAACUAACGACUUUCAUUACCCCGUUAGGGAGAUAUGCGUUUAAAAGACUACCGUUCGGAAUAAAUUCAGCGCCAGACUUGUUCGCGGAGGUCUUUUCGAGAAUUUUUGACGACAUGACAAACGUAAUUGUUCACAUGGACGAUAUACUGAUCUAUGGGGAAUCCAUGGAGCAGCAUGACGCGACCUUGAGAGAGGCUCUGAAACGUAUCAGUAAGGAAGGAAUAACGCUAAAUCAGUCAAAAUGUAUAAUCGGCGUGCAAGAGGUGCAGUUCCUUGGGCACUUAGUCUCAGCUCAGGGCAUAAAAAUUUUGCCAGAAAGAGUUUCGGCCAUACAAAAUUUUCCGGAGCCUACAAACAAAACGUCCUUAAUGCAAUUCCUCGGGAUGGUCAAUUUUGCCGCAAAGUUCCUUCCGAACAGGUCUACCAUCCUUGAACCCCUCAAUUCUCUCUUAAAGAAAAAUUCAGCGUUCGUGUGGGACUCAGCUCAAAAAAACGCGUUUCGGAAAAUAAAAGAACUUUUAGCAGCAGCUCCCAUCCUGGCUCUGUACGACUAUUCAAAACCUAUAUGGAUUCAAGCAGAUGCUUCAAGCUACGGUAUCGGUUUUGUUCUUUUGCAGGGGAAUAGCGAGGAGCGGCAGAUUGUCGCCUACGGUUCGUACACUUUAACACCUACCGAACAACGUUAUUCCCAAAUCGAGAAAGAGGCUCUAGCCUUGACGUACGCAGCCGAAAAAUUCGCGGAUUAUAUAGUUGGAAUCACGAUAACCUUCGAAACGGAUCACAAGCCCCUCCUUCAAAUUCUUCAAACAACGCCUCUGGACGAUUUAACGCCGCGUUUGCAACGUUUCCGUCUUCGCCUUAUGCGUUACAGCUAUACCGUAAAAUACACCCCCGGAAAAUCCUUGGUACUGGCCGAUGCUCUAUCUCGCAACCCAGAAAAAAGAAACGCGAAUACCAAUGUAAUCGAACAGGACACUUCUGAUUUUGUAUUGGCCACUAUCAAGAGCCUUCCAGCCUCAAAUGACAUGUUGCAUAAAGUCCGCGACGAACAAGGAAAAGACGCAAUUUGUCAGUUACUAAAAAAGUUCUGCGCAACCAAAUGGCCGUCGAAAAAUCAGAUCCCGACCGAGUUGAAAGAGUACGCGCCACUCAAACACCACUUCUCGAUCGGCGACGAUCUCCUACUGUACAACAGCCGUUUGGUAGUUCCGCGCAGGCUCCAAAAAGAAUUAUUACUUCGCCUACACGAGGGCCAUUUAGGUAUCACGAGGUGCAGAGACAGAGCAAAACAAGCCAUUUGGUGGCUGGGUCUAUCGACGCAACUAAAAAACCUAAUACUCAACUGCCCAAAUUGUGUAGAGCAUCGAGUUAACCCGAGCCAACCCUUCAUACAGGAAGAUUUCCCGACCAGACCGUGGCAGAAAAUAGGCAUAGAUCUCUUUAAACUAGACUAUUGGUACGUUAUUAUCACCGACUACUACUCGCGGUACUUCGAGUUUUUCCGUCUCGGAUCGUUAAGUUCGAAAGCGAUCAUAGAGGUUUGUAAGGAAGCGUUUUCAAGGUAUGGUUUGCCGGAUAUCGUUCGUUCGGACAACGGUCCACAGUUCACGUCCGAAUUUAAGCUGUUCGCCGACCAAUACGGAUUUCUAUCGGUGACAAGCUCACCUCACUUCCCGCAAAGCAACGGAGCGGUAGAAGCAGCGGUAAAAACAGCAAAAAACUUAAUAAAAAAGUCCAAGGACGACGAUAUCCACCUAGCCCUGCUUGCAUAUAGAAGCACACCCCUGGAAAACGGUUUCAGCCCCGCAGAAUUAUUUUUGUCAAGACGGAUUAAAUCGAGCAUUCCAACGCUGCCAAGCAGGCUUCUACCAGCUGUCAGCGUUACAAAAAAGCUCAAAGGCGACGAGGCAGCUCGAAAAAUGCGGCAAGCUCGUAAUUUUAACUCUAGACACCGCGCCGUUGAAUUAUCUCCACUCAAAGCAGGAGACCCAGUUUGGAUCGAUCCCAUAGACCCAGUAUCGAUCUCAGGACGUAUGGAAAAAUACAAAGCCCUUCAGGCGAGCCUAGAUCCUAUUGGGUACUAA